UGCGCGCUGUGGUAGCAGUGUUUAGUUUUCACCAGCCCGACGACGAGCUGCCGUCCGUCGGCCCUGAGUGUAGCAAACCUUCUCCUCAUUCCCACGUCUAAAAGCUUUUCCUUUGCCUUGGAUUACACGGAAUCGCAUCGACAAGCUUCACUUUUGGAAUAUUAUAAAGUUACAAUGUGGUACAUCGCUGUGGAAACAUCCCUGUUGUUUUUAUAAGUGUCCGGAUCGGGACGACUUAAAAACUACCAGGGGCUACUGCGGCAGAAAAACGGCAUAAAACCCUUUGUUUGUUCCCCUUUGGACUAUAUCCUGUUUUUUGUACAAAAUAAGUGUUGUUUUACGGAAGGACCAUGUCGCAAUGUAGGUUAUGAGACGAGUUGUUCGUGUGGAUGAUUGUUUACAGUAGAAAAUGGCUGCUGAAACGCAGUGUCGAGGAGACUGACCUGAAUCAAUGCAUCAACACCAGGUUACCCCGGACAGGACCCACUAAACAUUAGGUUACCCCGGACAGGACCCCCUAAACAUCAGGUUACCCUGGAUAGGACCCACCAGAAGUAAGGUACAACGUGCAAUGUCUAGGAGACUGACCUGAAUCAACGCUUGAACCCCAGGUUACCCUGGACAGGUCCCACAAGAAGUGAGGUAGAAACAUCAGGUUACCCUACCCUGGACCGGACCCACUAAACAUCUGGUUCCCCUGGACAGGACCAACCAGAAGUAAGGUAGAAACAUCAAGUUGCCCCGGACAGAACCCCCAAGAAGUAAGGUAGAAACAUCAAGUUACCCCGGCCAGAACCCCUCAGAAGUGAGGUAGAAACAUCAGGUUCCGCUGGACAGGACCCAGUAGAAGUAAGGUAGAAACAUCAGGUUCCCCUGGACCGGACUCACCAGAAGUAAGGGAGAUAGGGCAGCGAAUGCAGCCAAUUUACAGUGUACUGUGGCUCCUUGGAUAGCCCUGAUCGAUGGCAAAGCCAUUGCAUCUGAACCAAGAAGACCAAUGUUACGUGAUGCUUUUUAAUUUACAUUGCCUUAAAAACCCUCAUACCAAACUUUAAUCCUGGAUUAAAGUAUGCAUACGCACAGAAAUGCAGGACUUCCUUGGUUAAGCGGAUCUUAAUUGAAACAACCUGAGUUGGCAAGGUGUGGGUCCCCCCGGGCCUUUUUUCCUCUCCCUCCAGGUCUCUCCAGACCUCCACUGGCUCAGAAUCAAAACACAAACGAUGGAUCAACAGCAACAUGUGAGGGAAGUCUUCCAACUGGGCCGUAGACGGUUCGGCCAGGAUGGUCUGCGGACUAUAAACGUGCUCCUGGUGGUGUACAUCCUAUCCUUUUGUGUCCUCCUGUGCGAAGCCUCUCCGGCCAAGCAGUGUGACAAGAGCUGUCUGUCUGGGAAGUGCAUCAACGGGUCUUGCGUCUGCGACCGGGGAUGGGUCGGGGACCAGUGUCAACACUGCCAAGGACGGUUCAAGUUAACCGAGCCCUCGGGGUACCUGACGGACGGUCCCAUCAACUACAAGUUCAAGACCAAGUGUACCUGGCUCAUAGAGGGCUAUCCAAACUCUGUUCUUAGGUUGCGCUUCAAUCACUUUGCCACAGAGUGCAGCUGGGAUCACAUGUACGUGUAUGACGGAGACUCCGUUUACGCCUCUCUGGUUGCUGUUUUCAGUGGCCUCAUCGUCCCAGAGGUGAGGGGCAACGAGACGGUGCCGGAGGUGGAGACCACGUCGGGCUACGCCCUGCUGUACUUCUUCAGCGACGCGGCGUACAACCUCACCGGCUUUGAGAUCUUUUACUCCAUCAACUCGUGCCCCAACAACUGCUCGGGCCACGGCAAGUGCACCACAGGGAACUCCAUUUCCAGCCGCGUGUACUGCGAGUGCGACAAGUACUGGAAGGGCGAGGCGUGCGACAUCCCGUACUGCCGCAACAACUGCGGCAGCCCCGACCGCGGCUACUGCGACCUGACCGGCGAGAAGCUGUGCGUGUGCAACGACAGCUGGCAAGGUCCGGACUGCUCGCUGACGGUGCCGUCCACCGAGUCCUUCUGGGUGAUGCCCAGCGUCAAGCCCUUCGGGACGUCCCUGGCGCGCGCCUCCCACCAGACCGUGGUGCAGGACGAGGUCAUGUGGGUGGUGGGCGGCUACACCUUCAACUACAGCUCCUUCCAGAUGGUUCUCAGCUACAACCUGGAGAGUGGGGUAUGGAACACAGUUCCCAUCAACAGCGGACCGCAGCCCCGAUACGGCCACUCGGUCGCAGCAUGCCAGGGGGACAUCUACAUGUUCGGCGGGCGUUUGGAGACGGGCCUGGGCAACGUGACGGACGAGCUGUGGGUGUUCAGCGUGGCGAGCCGGACCUGGCAGCGCCGCACCCUCGUCCUGGCCCCCACGGCGCCCGGCCAGCAGAUCUACGCCGUGGAGGGCCACUCUGCCCACUGCGUGACGAUGGAGGGCGGCGAGGUCGUCAUGGUGGUGCUGUUCGGCUACUCGCCCAUCUACAGCUACGUCAGCAGCGUGCAGGAGUACAACAUCCGGUCCAACACGUGGUCCCUCCCAGAGACGCGGGGGGCAGUGGCCCAGGGCGCGUACGGCCACAGCAGCACCCUGGACCCCGGCACUAGCAGCGUCUUUGUGCACGGCGGCUACAAGACCCUCCCCGCCAACAAGUACGGGCUGGUGGACGAGCUGUACCGCUACGAGGUCAACACGCGCACCUGGUUCAUCCUGAAGGAGAGUGGCUAUCCUCGCUACUUCCACUCGGCGGUGCUGGUGGGCGGGACCCUGAUGGUGUUUGGCGGGAACACGCACAACGACACGUCGCUUAGCAACGGUGCCAAGUGCUUCUCCGCCGACUUCCUGGCCUACGACAUCGCCUGUGACUCGUGGUCCCGCCUCCCCAAGCCGGACCUCCACCGAGACCUCCCCCGCUUUGGACACACGGCCGUGGUCAGCAACGGCUCCAUGUACGUGUUCGGGGGUUUCUCGGGGGUCCUGCUCAACGACCUGCUGGUCUACCGGCCCCCCAGCUGCCAGGCCUUCCAGACCCCGGGCACCUGCCAGGGGGCGGGCCCCGGGCUGCGCUGCGUCUGGGGCCAGGGCCGCUGCGACCCCUGGGAGCCCCGCAUGGCCCCUGGGAGCCUCAGCCGAGCGGCCUUCUGCCCUGCUAAAGCUGCCUCUGUGGACGAGCGGUGCUACCGUUUCUCGGACUGUGCCAGCUGCUCAGCCAACUCCAACGGCUGCCAGUGGUGCGACGACAAGCGCUGCAUCUCCGCCGCCAGCAACUGCACUUCCGGAGUGCAGAACUUCACCAAGUGCCCGGUGCGGACGGAGCAGGUGUGCAGUAAGCUGGCCAACUGUAAGGGCUGCUCCCUCAACCCCAGCUGCCAGUGGGACCAGAACCAGUCAGAGUGCCACGCCCUGCCUGCCCAGCAGUGCACAGAGGGUUGGAGCCAGGUGGGCGACACCUGCCUGAGGUUGAACUCCAGCCGUGAGACCUAUGACAACGCCCAGCACUAUUGCAAGAAUCUCCAUGGCAACAUAGCGUCCCUGACGACGGGGAAGCAGGUGGACUUUGUGCUCCAGGAGCUCCGGACCCUCCAGCUGCAGGAUAAGGUGAGGCUGUCCCCCUGGGUGGGCCUGAGGAAGAUCAACGUGUCGUACUGGGGCUGGGAGGACAUGUCUCCCUUCACCAACAGCAGCCUGCGCUGGCUGCCCGGGGAGCCCAACGACUCGGGCUUCUGUGCCUACCUGGAGGAGCCGCUGCUGUGGGGCCUCAGGGCCAACCCCUGCACCGCCAAGACCGAGGGCCUCAUCUGCGAGAAGGCCGUCGGGAACCCCAGCCAGAGCACGCGGCCGCCCUGCAAGAAGCCCUGCGCGCUCCACGCCACCUGCGGCAACUGCACCAGCCAUGGCAUGGAGUGCAUGUGGUGCGGCAGCCGGCAGCGCUGCGUGGACUCCAGCGCCUACGUCAUCUCCUUCCCCUAUGGACAGUGUCUGGAGUGGCAGACCACCGAGUGCCUGGCCCAGAACUGCUCGGGCCUGCGGACGUGCGGCCAGUGCCUGGAGCAGCCCGAGUGCGGCUGGUGUGGGGACCCCAGCAGCACCGGGCGGGGCCUCUGCAUGGAGGGGUCCUACCGGGGGCCCAUGAAGAGACCGGCCAAGCAGGGCCAGCAAGCCCAGAACCAGAACCAGAACCAGGACAUGAGCCUGGAGCCGGCGGUGUGCCCCCGAGAUAAGGGCUACGAGUGGGCCUUCAUCAGCUGCCCCGCGUGCCAGUGCAACGGCCACAGCACGUGCGUCAACGGCAGCGUUUGUGAACAGUGCCGCAACCUGACCACCGGGCCAAACUGCCAGACAUGCAUGCCUGGUUACCAUGGAGACCCCACCAAUGGCGGGAAAUGUCAAGCCUGUAAGUGUAAUGGCCAUGCCAGUGUAUGCCAGGUCCUGACUGGGAAGUGUUUCUGCACCACUAAGGGAAUCAAAGGAGAGCAAUGCCAGCUGUGUGACUCAGAAAACCGUUACCUUGGCAACCCGCUCAGAGGAACCUGUUACUACAACCUGUUGAUCGACUAUCAGUUCACCUUCAGUCUCAUCCAAGAAGACGACCAUCACUACACCGCCAUCAACUUCAUGGCUUCCCCUGAGCAGGCCAACAAAAACCUGGACAUGUCAAUCAACGCCUCCAACAACUUCAACCUCAACAUCACCUGGUCUGUGGGAUCCACAGCCGGGACCAUAUCAGGGGAGGAGGUCCACAUCGUGUCGAAGAACAACAUCAAGGAGUUCCGGGAAAGCUUCUCCUGUGAGAAGUACACCUUCCGGACCAAUCCCAACAUCACCUUCUACGUAUACGUCAGCAACUUCUCCUGGCCAAUCAAGAUCCAGAUUGCCUUCUCCCAGCACAACAGCAUAAUGGACCUGGUUCAGUUCUUUGUCACGUUCUUCAGCUGCUUUCUGUCUCUGCUGCUGGUGGCGGCUGUGGUGUGGAAGAUCAAGCAGACCUGCUGGGCGUCGAGACGAAGAGAGGAGCAACAAGGGGUGAGGUAUCUCGCUCGGCGACGCCUGCAGCAACUGAUGAGGGAACGUCAGCAGAUGGCCAGCCGACCCUUCGCCUCGGUUGCCGUGGCUCUGGGGAUGGGGGCGGAGCAUACUGAGCUGGUGCAGCCCCUGAUUGACGGCCCUCCCAAGCCCAUCGCCGUGGAGCCGUGCCUUGGGGGGAAGGCGGCCGUCCUCACCGUCCUGGUGAAGCUCCCCGCAGGGCCCCUCGGCCUCCCACCCCCCGGACAGUCUGGGGUGACGGUGGCCAGCGCGCUGAUAGACAUCUCUCAGGUCAAGACGUCGGACUUCAAGGACAAGACCCUGGGCUUGAAGAGCCGCAAGGCCCACCCGCCGGCCCACCAGGGCACCUGCGUCUGAGCCCCCCCCAGCCCUCCACGGGGGGGGUGGGGGGGGUGACGGCUCCACGCUGAGCGCCCUAUAGAGACACCGGGGAGAAGGGAGGGGCAUACGAGACUCCAUUCGCCUGCACUCCCCUUAGCAUCUCAGCUUUCCCACCGUUUAAGCAAAACGUGUCCUAGAUCUGCUCUCCAUCUCCCUCGAACACACACACACACACACACACCUCUCACCUCUCACCUCGCCCCAUAACCGGAGGGCAAGCACCUGGACCCCUAAAGGUCAUCCAUUGUGUCUUCGUCAUGGAGACGCUCCGAGCCGCUGGCCAGAAAGAGAUGUCAUGUGACUUCAAGGAUCCUUCGCUGUAGCACCAAACACCUCUGGUCAAGCUUUUGUAUGUGAAAGUGAUUGCACGUGACACGUUUUUGGUCAUGUGAUCAGUGACCCUUGACCCUCGUUCAAGUCUGUCCGUCCGUCUGUUGGUUGGUUAACCAAACUUUGCUUAUUCCUUCCACGUGUGUGUGUGUGUGUGUGUGUGUGUGUGUGUGUGUGUGUGUGUGUGUGUGUGUGUGUGUGUGUGUGUGUGUGUGUGUGUGUGUGUGUGUGUGUGUGUGUGUGUGUGUGAGAACCUUGUGACGCUACCCUCCCACUCUCUGUUCCAGCUCAAGUCUGCAUUUUUAGUGCAAUACAUUUUAAAUAAAUAAACUAUACCAUGAAAGCGUCGCGGCGAGAGAGGAAAUCGCUCAGAGGCAAUGUCUAGAUCCUUGGGGCUUUAAGAAGCAGAACCACAAUUGUUUUUUCUUCACCUCGGAUAUGUCAAUUUUUUGUUUGGUCGCCCACAACCCAAACUGGAUGAUACAGCUGUUUUAAAAAGAAUUUAUGUACAUAACAGAGACCUUGUUUUAUGUUUUUUCUUUCGGGAUGUCUUCUCCACUACGAAUUGUCGAGUGUCUCUUUGCAGCAAAAGAAACGGUUUAAAAUGGAGGACUUGUGCGAACGUUGGACAUUUAAGCGCAUGGGACGGAAAAAGAUGUUUCCUGGACACUCACACUAUCGGACAACAUAACUGUGUAUAUUGUUAUUUUUUAUUAUUGUUUUUCAAGAGGCAUAUUUAGGGGUGGGGGGGGGGUUAACAUGCCUUUGAAACGCCUGUGUUGCCUGUGAAACUGUUUUUAACUCCUGCGGAGGGUGUGUGUUUUGCAGCGUUUACUUUGGCAUGAUGUUGACAUUGUGUCACGUCUGGUUGUUCCGCCCUCCUGGACGUGUAACGGUGUCUUGAACGAACAAACGUGUGUCUUGAUUCUUUUAAUUUUUUUUACUCUUAUGUCAGAUGGAUGUUUUUUUUUUAUCACUGAAGGACGAAGAGAAGCGUUUUACUUUAGCCCUCGUCCGAUAGCUGUGUGACGACUUGGUCUGUCACUAGUCUAGUGGAGAGAGAGCCCUCGGUCCGCUAUUGUUUUCAUAUUCUAUUGAUUCACGUGUAAUGGCAUAUUUAACUUAAUAUUAUUGUUGACUUAUAAAAAAAAAUUGAUGUUCCUUGUUACCGUUUUUUUUUUUUUACAUUUCUUCCAAGGACUUGCGUGGGCAUUGUUCGUGUGGUUUUAUCGUAGCAGAGUGGUAACUAUAGCGCAUCUCGUUGCCGUAUGCCGGCUAAUGUGUUCUUUUUAAAGUUUGUUUUCAAUGUUUUUUUAAAGGUAUUGCUUUACGGUGCCAUUACACAGGAAUCAUGGUCCUUCACUUUUAAGAUGGAAAGAGACGAGAGAAACAAACCGCAGAUCAGAAAUCUUUAAUGUAUUACAAAGAUGGACAUCAUGCCAGAAAAUAAAAAAACACUACUUCUAA